AUGCACGACGUUGACAUGACCGGCGACGACGACGACGUCGAGGUACCGCGCUACGGUAGCCUCAAGCGCGCGCCGCCCAUGGAGGCCGUCGUCGAGCACAAGCUCAAGCGGCUCAAGAUCCAGCGCGCGUCGUCGCCGGACGGCCAUCGGCAGCAACUGCCGCCCAUGGCAGCCGCCGCACACCACCAGCAAUACCACGAGCAUCGACAGCGCCAGCACGAAGAAGAAGAGCAACGUCAAGCAGAGCUGCACCAGUGGCAGUACGAGCAGCAGCACCAACAUCACUACCACCACCAACUUCAAGCGCACACGAGCCAGUACCUGACGGCGCUGCCAGCACGCUACGACCCGACGUCGCCUUCCGACGUCGACUAUGCGCGAUCGAACCAAGUCUUGCGCGACCUCCAUUUCCAGCGCGAACUGCGCAAGCAGAUGACGCCGUAA